AUGAAAUAAAAUAGAGUUUCUAUUUUGACGAAAUAAAAAAUAAGAUAUGAAGGAACUGUUUAUGCAAUAGAUAAAAUUAGAAAAACCGUGUUCCUUAAAGAAGUUAAGUGCUUUGGAACUGAGAAUCGAGAAGCUACAAUUUUUAUUCCUCCUUCAACAAAAGUCACUCAAAUGGCAGAGUUUAAUAAUGAAUAGAUUUUGGAGAUUAAAAAAUUAGUACAGAUUUUUGUUUAUUUCUAAGAGUAACAAUGAAUUUCCUGAACAUUUACCAAGUACUCUCAAUGAUCAGAUGCAGGGUUCUUAAAAGGAGAAAUUAGUUUCUCAAAUAUUAAACCAAAGUUGCACCUACGAAGUGAACAGAUCACCUUUGCCCUUAAUAAACAAUAAAAAAAAAAGAUUUUAAAUGUCAUAAAGCCCAGAUCAUAGGAAACAAGAUCAGAAACCUACCUAUAUAACAAAUAAUUAUUUGUAAAUGAAGAAAAUGGAACUAUUUAAAAAAAUGCUUAUGUUUAGAAAACAAAGGUGA